AUGAGGUUUCGCAUGUUCUACGAUUUUCUGCAGCUCCAGCGCUGGGAGCGGGAUGUGUUAUCGAGGGACUCGCGUCGGGAGGGUUUUUUUGUUCGUGCCUUUCGCCGAGUGCCGUGGUCGGGAGUCGCCAUGUUUUUCUUCAUCAUGGUCUUUUUUGGCGUCGACCUUGGCGCCGGCAUCAAACACACCGCCAGCCAGAUACGCGAGAAGAAGGAGGAGGCGAUGCAGUCCGUGGAGCUCCAGAAGGUGCAGGCGCGGCAGUGGUCCGUGGAGCAGGUGAAAAACUUCCGCGAGGGGGAAAUACCGAAGCCCUCGUGGAGUGAAGGGGGCCCACGCAGGGCGUCCUCGUCGGUUUAG